AUGCCUUACCUGCUUCCAUCGGCUUGGUUCUUCUCCUCGAAUUCGCCUCUUCUCACGUUAUGGACGACAUCGUGGUGCCCUACGUGCAAGACCGUAUCACCGCUUCUGUAUCGUCUGGUUGAGUCCGGCGUCGGCGAGGCCGAAGGGGGCGUGGCCCUCUGCACAAUCGAGUACGACUCACCCGACAUCAUGAAGGAGGGCUUUGGCCACAUGUAUGUCAUAUCUUCAGUGCCCACGCUCAUGGCCUUUAACGAACACGGCGGGCGCAUGAGCACAAGGGUCAUGGACCCGGCUCAACUAACGAGCGAGGCCUUUCUGACGAACUGGAUCCGGGAGGAGGCGAGGAGCAUGGGCGGCAGCGGAUUUACCGGUGGUGGACUCGGCGGCCGCUUCUUCAAGCUCUAG